AUGGUAGGUCUCCUAGAUGGCGACGACUCUAUAUCGGCGACCAAGGAGUACGAACGAAAGGCUGUCGCGGCACAGCGCUACCCAUAUAUCCAUAAAGGAAUUCCUACAAUCUCUUUUACGGAUAAGGAUGCGGGCGGGCUGGAUACCCCUCAUCUCGACCCACUCGUGGUCACUUUGCAAAUUCAUGACUGUGAUGUAGCAAAGAUUUUAAUCGACACCGGCAGCACGGUAAAUCUGAUCUUCAAAGAGACGUUGGACCGCAUGGGAGUAGAAGAGAAAUCCAUCAAACCCACAGCCCGUCCUCUCACCGGCUUCACCGCCGAGCAUGUCUACAGCUGUGGUACAGUACGACUUCCCGUCUAUAUCGGUGGAAUUUCAAAACUAAUGAAAUUUGUCGUCAUGGACAAGCCGGCUAUCUACAACGCGAUCCUCGGCAUGGCAUGGCUCCAGGAGAUGAAGGCUGUCAUCUCUACGUUCCACCAAUGCAUGAAGUUCCCAACACCGUCCGGGAUCUUCACCUUGCGAGGAAACCAGAGAGUGACGAGAUCAUGCUUCCUCCAAGAACGUAGGCUUCACAUUGCCUCGUCUUUCAUGAUAGCCGAGCCCUCAAAUCAAUCUCCACCUCCCUGUAAAGAACCCGAACCAAUAUCUGAUGACGAGACCCACAGGCCCAACAUGGCAAGGCAUGCCACCGUCACAAAAGAAGCAAACCCGCUAGCCGCCCUACGCAUAACCAACACCGAGCCCACCUGGAAGUUCGCCGAGCCCACCUGGAAGUCUGACUUGGGGCUAAGCUUGAGCACUAGAAAGCCAAGAAAGCUUCACGACUUAUUCGAGCUGGAACAACUCGAAGACGAGCAGCUGCAAAGUUUCCUCAAUAGAUUCAAGAGUAUGCUGCUCGAUUUUGACGAGGUCUCGGAAGCAUGA